UGGAGAUGACCUUAUUACGCACAUUGACUGGAUCACUAAAACCUGAGAAUCUCCGCCAUUCUCAGACCGGUAAGCCCGUGAAUUUUUGUUUCUCAAAAUAUUUACAAAGUGCUGCAAUUUCUAAGUAUAUACUCAGACCAGCUUCGAGAUUCAAUUCGGUCCCUCAUCUCACUCACAUUUCCAGUACUCCUAUGGCUGAUUCUACUUCUAGUGUCUUAAGCAGGGUUGUACCGCAGCCUGAGUGUGGCGGAGAUGCUAAAUCUGAAAAUGUGAGUUCUAAUUUGACUGAAAUUAUAGUAAUCCGUCACGGUGAAACGGAAUGGAAUGCCGAUGGCAGAAUUCAGGGGCAUUUAGAUGUCGAAUUAAACGACAGCGGGAGGCAGCAAGCUAUGGCGGUGGCAGCCCGGCUCUCUAGGGAGCCAAGGAUCUCUGCCAUAUAUUCAUCUGACUUGAAACGGGCACAUGAGACAGCAGAGACAAUAGCAAGGAGUUGUGGGGGUCUAGAGGUCAUUAAAGAUCCAGACCUUCGAGAGAGACAUCUAGGAGAUCUUCAAGGUAUUUCUCUCCGUGAAGCAGCCCAAAGCCAACCGAUGGCUUAUAAGGCUUUUCUAUCUGACCGGAGUGACCAAGUAAUUCCAGGAGGAGGAGAAAGUUUAGAUCAACUUUAUCAACGCUGCACUUCUUGUUUACAGAGGAUUGCAAAGAAGCACAGAGGAAAACGAGUCGUCGUGGUAUCUCAUGGGGGUGCAAUCAGAGCACUUCACAGGCGGGCUUCCCCGCAUAGGCGGUCUAAAAGUAAGAUCUGGAAUACAUCUGUCGGUAUACUUCACUUGUCUGAUAAGGAUGAGUGGACUAUUAAACUCUGGGCCGAUAUAAGUCAUCUCAACAAGACAGGAUUUCUGGACUCAGGUUUUGGUGGGGACAAAACUUCGGGUUGAUUUUGCAUGCCACUCUCAACGUUCGGUUUGCUGGCAAAGAAGUACUUUACAUUGUUUGGCAUAAAUGAAAAUAUAGAAAGUACUUUACAUUAUUUGGCAUAAAUGAAAAGAAUUAUUUCUGUCACCCUGUGCGGUAGUGCUUCCUCCCUCCGUAUAAUUCAAACCUCCAACCUACUCGGUGGUGGAGGCAACUCAAUGAUCGAGCAAACUUAAUCGUUAUUUUUCUGUUCUCUAUUCUCAUUGGUCUAUUUUAUCAGUCAAUGCACAAUUUUUUUUUUAAGUAUGCUCUUGCAUGA